AUGCCUGCCCGCAAAGCCCUCAUCUCUAUCACUUCCGCGAGUGCCACUCUCUUUGAUGGUAAAGAGACAACCGGUCUUUUCAUUGUUGAAGCUCUUCACCCCUACAAGGCCCUUGUCGCCGCAGGUUUCGAAGUCGACCUCGCCUCAGAGACCGGCAACUACACUGCCGACUGGCUCUCCCAGCAGCCAGACUUCUUGAAUGGCGAAGACCUGGAGAUCUGGAACAACCUCAACAGCGAGUUCCGCAAGAAGCUCGACAACAUGCCCAGGGCCUCAGAGCUCGACGGAUCCAAAUAUGGCUUAUUCUUUGCCUCCGCUGGCCAUGCUUCUCUGAUUGACUAUCCCACUGCCAGUGCUUUGCAGAAUAUUGCUGAACAGGUCUGGGCCAAUGGUGGCGUUGUUGCCUCCGUCUGCCACGGUCCUGCAAUCUUCACCAAUAUGCUUGACCGAGCCACUGGGGAGCCAAUCAUUCGGGGAAAGAAGAUCACUGGCUUCACCACCGAAGCGGAGAACACCAUGGGAAUCAUGGCUGAGCUGAGGGGAUUUGGAUCCGAGAUGGUGGAGGAGCUUGCUGAGCGUCUUGGUGCUAAGUAUGAGCGAUCUGCUGGAAUCUGGGAUGACUUCCAUGUUGUCGACGGUCGACUUGUCACAGGUCAGAACCCUGCUAGUUCCACUUCUACUGCCAAAGCUGCCAUCGAAGUAUUCGACAAGCUCUAG